CGGUCGUCGGGGAGACGGCCGGUGACGCGCGGCGGCGCUGGCCGCGGUGGAAGCGACGCCGCCGGACGGUUCGGGCUCGCGCUGCAGCCGCCGGCGACCGCGGAGGACGCCGACCUGAGGGAGCACACCUGCAGAAAGCCCCCGGCAAGCCGCGGGUAUCGGCCACAGCGUCGGGCGGCAACCUGAGGAAGCACGCCAACGCCUGCAGGAAGCCCUCAGCAAGCCGCCGGUAUCGGCCACAACGUCGGGGGGCGACUAGGGGUGCGGCGUCGGCCAUGCCCCGGCCCGGCCAUGAGUGAGCCGGGCGCCGAGAGAUGGGCUGCGGACUGAGCAAGUCCUCCGACUCCGACAGCCCCCAGCAGAAGCGCCGGAAGGGAUCGAAGCGGCGCAACAGUGUUUCCGCGUCGGAUGGCUCGUCGGAGGAGUCGGCUGGAGCAGAAGUCUCGGCCGACAGCAAGAAGUCCAAGCUGCGCAUCUCGGUCACCGCCACACCGGUACUGAACCAGACGAAAGUACUUUCGGCUAGCCAAUUGGAGUUUUUCCGACAGCUGGACCAAAAAAUCGAACAGGGCAGGGACCUGGACCUGGCGCAGGCGGAGCGCGAGACGCGCGCGCGCAUGGAGCUGCUGCUGCGCCACUGGGACGAAGUGGUGCACUCACGGCCGGGCACCACGCGGCCGCGGCCCAACUCGCUGGCGUCCACCUUUUCGGGCGCGCUGCUGGCGAACGGCGCCGCGCCGCGCGGCGCGCCGCUGCCGCCGCCGGCUGAGGGCACGGAGGAUGGCCGCGACGCGCCGCGGCUCGAGCGCAAUGUGCGUAGCAGCCGCCGCUCGAUGCGCAGCGCGCGCGCCGACUCGACGGAGCAGGAGCCGGCAGCCGCCGGCGAGCGUCCCCUCGACGACAGCCAGCUGGUGACCAAGCUCAUCCAGCUGGGCGACGCGUACGUGCACGACCUGGACGCCGAUGAUCCGGACAGCUUUGUGCGGCUCGGCCGGCGCUCCAGCACGUACGAGGAGCCGGCCAUUCUGGAGGAGUCGGAGGCGGCGCACGCGCGCGGUCAGUACGGACGUUCGAGUCUGGCACUGCGGACGAUGCUGGAUGAUGCGGUGCGCUGACCGGGGCUGCGCUGAGGGGGGCCGCUGGCGCCUCCCUCGGCUGCGACGGGUCAGAUCGCGUGCCCGCGGCGGCAGCCCCGGCGGACGCCAGGCGUCCACGCGGCCGGCGCGCGCCGGACAGUGUCAUCGGUGGUAGCGUCAUCUAUAGAUGGCAGCAGAGGUCGCGCGCGGCGGACCCCGAGCCUCCGCGGGGGCGGCGCGCGGAGCAGUGACCACCCACUGACGUUAAGCUGCUGAGGAGUGGCUGCAACUUUCGUGCGACCGCCGAGGCUGACGUGGAAUCCCCUCUCUGUGUGAAGUGGAUUGGUCGGCCUGGCGGCGGCCUGUGAUUCAGCCGGCGGGCGUUCGUCUCGGGGUCGGCCCGAUGCUCGCCACCCGUCAACGUGCGUGUUGUAGAGAGUCGUGCAAUCGUGUGUCUAAAACAAAUCCUUAUUCUGUGUAAGGUGUCUUGGACGUGGUUUGGAUGCCAUCGUUGUCUUGUUCUUUCGACUGGUGGACUCACAGUCCGAAUGGCGCGGGUCGCAUGUGAACCUCGUGUGGUUAUAGGAUGUUUGAGCGAGGUUUAUGCAGUCUUGCCUCCGCUCCACUUUUAGGUUGAUUCAUGAGUGGAUUGCCGUGAUCGAUGGUGAAUGUAUAGUACUCCAUCUUCAUGCAGUUCUCCAUCACGCAGUGGAAUCCGAUCCAGGCGCCCGGAAUACAUGUGAUGUUGCGA